CACACACACACACACACACACACACGGAGCACGACGCACUCGGCUCGUGACAGGAUCGUUGUUCGGCUGUGUUUCAUCAGAUGCUCAGGCCGAAUCACGCAGGAAUCGGAUCUGUCUCUCAAAAAAAUCAAGGUCAAGAGGGGAAUUCGAAAAUGCCAUAAGAUAGGACUACGGAGCCGUGCUGGAGAACGUAACUAGACAGCGAGCAUGUGCUUUCGUGAGCGAGGUUAAUUUCAGGCAGUAACGGCACGUCGGCUCGUAGGAGGGAAAAACACAGGAAUCGCAAUGAUUAGAGUGGAUCAGCGUGUGUCCUGGCAUCUUCUGGAGAUCUGAAAAAUACCUGGCCUUGCAUACUGGGGAUUGCUGAACACAAGAGGGAAUCUCAGCUCUGAAAGACUCGGACUUUUGUGCGCUGAAGGAAGGUCGAAAAAUUCAAAGUAUUUGUUGUUGGAUUGGAUUCGAUCUCGUUCUCAUCACACAUGAAACCCACCUUAUGGGAAAAAAUGUUCUCCAUUCGACUGCAUUCCACCUGAAGAAUAUGUUCUCACCCAGCCAGUGUUUAGCUGGUAUUUAACAAAAUUCAGACAAAAAUAUGAUUUUAAGGCAUUCCAGAGUGCUUUCGAGACUUGACCGAAGACCUCAGUAACAAGAAGUAACUGAAGACUUCUAGACCGUUGAGGUUUGGUGGCUUUACCGAGGAUACAAUCAUGGUGAUGUCGCAGGGUACCUACACUUUUUUGGCGUGCUUUGCUGGAUUCUGGCUGAUCUGGGCCCUUAUUGUCAUGGUCUGCUGCUUCUGCAGCUUUGUGCAGCGUAAAUUUAAGCGACGGCGUGAGGAGAGGCUGAGGGAACAGUGUCUGAGGGCCUUGGAGAUGGAGCCUUUGGAGUGUUCAGGGAUAGGAUACAUUCCGAGAGAACUGCAGUUCUGUCCACCACCUCAAAUGAUGUCUCCACAGCUGCCAGUCACCCACACCAUUCCUCAAGGGAACUGGACACCACCACCAGCUCCCAUUCUCCCAGUGGAUAACGAGGCCUGUGGAAAGCCCCCUUGCUACGAGGAAGCCGUCCUGAUGGAGGAUCCUCCUCCUCCUUACAGUGAGGUUCUUGCCGAUCCCAGAGGUGGAACGUACACGAAACCAGUCCUGGGGUCUUCCAGGGUCCAUCAGGAGUCCGAGACCAGAAAGAUGGCGCCCGUGACGGUGUUUUCCGAGCGUGGCUACUCAUCGCUGAUCCGCUUCCCCCCAGCCAGGCGCUGGGACUCUCUGGACCACCUGCUCUCCAACGUGGACCUUAACCACUCCAGUAUGGCUUUGGAGCCGCACGCCUCGUCCAUGGUCACGAUGCCCCGCGACGGGCGCACUACUCACAUGGACUUGAGCCUGCGCGGCUUACGGCCUCUGGACCACAGCUACGGACUUCCCACUGCUUUCCCUCUGUUGGGACGAAGCACGGCCGUGUGAACCUCCACUGUGUGACUCCAGCAGGGCGACUGGUUUAUUUUUUGUUUGUUUUUUUGCGCCAUUUUUGGACUAAAAACACUUUUCCUCUCAAUAUAUUUUAUUUUCUACGAGCUGAAGGUUGUACGGCAGAUGUUUUUCUCAAGUUCUCUUUCUUUCUUUGGCCGUGUGGCGUCCCUGCCUGAUGCAGAGCAGUAGCUAUUAUGGAUUGUUGCCAUGGUUCCUGGGCCUCUCUUCUUCUCUUUUUGCUCUGAAACAGCCUUGGACUGAGGGAACAUAAGCAGGGUUUGAAACCUUGUGUUAUAAAUUAGAUAUAACGCAGGGCCACAGCAAAUCACGCCUGUACUGUAGCCAUAUCAUAUCCUAGGAGUCGGAGUGUGUGCGUCAGUGACGUCUGGACGUUCGACUCCGAGAAGAGACUUUUGAGAAGAAGGAGAUUCGUCACUUUUUUUCACCCUCCGUUGGCAGAUUGGUUCAUCUUUUCAGGGUGGCAAAUGAUUCACUGGACGUACUGUAAAUGAAUCAGAGGUGCUCCAAAAUAAGGUUGCGUUCACCACCAUCACGAAUUCGACAAAACCGUUUUGUUUUAAAAAGCAAAAAAGAUACACUGAUAACAAGUGACUGUCCUGGUGCAGUCUGAGUCUCAGCCGAGGUUCAUCAUGCUGUUCAAUUGUACAGAACGUACUGUAUAAACUGUGAAACGCGACCUUGCUGCUCAAGGGGAAAUGUUAUGAAUACAGAAAGCUGCACAUGUUUUUUUUGUUUUUUCCACGUCCUUAAAAGGAUGUAAUGUAUGUAUAAAUAUAAAGGUCAAACUUUCUUCAGAAUAGUAAUCAUGUGCUUUACAAGAAGAACAGAACAACCGCUCGAUCACCGUCUGGUGUCUUCAUUUGCUUGAAACGUCUCUUGCAGCUUUUAAUUCAUUAGCACAUGCAGGUAAAAUAAAAGAGGGGUUUCUUUUUUUGCGGUCUCUGUUUUAACUUUUAUACUGACGUGUUUUUUUCAUGACCCGGUUGCUUUCACAGACCGAGCGCACCUCGACUGCAGUACGCCUCACUUUAAAUAAUGUGAAUUAAAAAUUUGAAAGCA